ACUUGUUGUAGUUGACAUACAUACCGGUAAAGUGAUGGCACUGGUGGAUGCUAUGAUUCAAACACUCACGGAGGAAUUGUUUACAGCUCUCAUGAACCAAGCUCAAUAUGCACUUGAUUUUAAAAGUCAGUUUGAGAGAAUGAAGACACAACUUGAGCUUAUGAAGGCCUUUCUCAAUGACACUGAGAUCCUCAAGACCAAGAAGGAAGUUCUGAAAUUGACAAUGAUUCAGAUCAGGGAACUGAUUUAUGAAGCGGAUGACUUGCUGACAGAUUGCCGAAUCAGAGAUGAAUAUCAGAAAGAUGGGCGCUGCUCCAAUUUCUCGGCUAGCAUGUUAUUAUUCUUAUAUCGGACAGGCAAGAAGUUGAAAGAUAUCAAUUUGAGAAUAGAGAAACUGGAGAAUAGCUUGAGGGUCUAUCUGACACCGCAACUGUUCAGCAUCCAAGAAAAUGUACACCAAGUGACAGGAUUUAGCUGUCAGGAUUAUGAUCCAGCUAACAAAGUUGGACUGGAACAUGAUGCAAGAAAGAUAAAGGAGUGGAUUAUUUCGAAAGCCAAGGUACUUCAUAGGAUUGGCAUGAUAGGGAUGGGGGGCUUGGGCAAAAGCACCAUUGCCCAGAAACUUUUUAAUGAUGAAGACGUGCGUUCUUUCUUUAAGAAUAUGAUUUGGUUGUCGGUUUCUCAAGAUUUCAGUGAGGAACAGAUCAUGAAGAGCAUGUUGAAACAGUUAUAUGAAGAGAAGACAAACAGAUCUGACAAAGCCCAGAUCAUGCACAAAAUUCACCUGUUACUUGAGCAUAUGACCUGUCUCAUUGUUAUGGAUGAUGUCUGGAGCAUCCGUAUAGAUUGGUGGAAUCAGUUAUGCUCUGGCCUGGAGAAGCCAACUGGUAAAAACAGUUGCAUCAUGAUCACAACAAGAAAUGAAGAAGUUGCAACCAAUAUGGGAGUUGAAAAGUCCAGAAUUCAUCGGCCUAGUUUUCUAGACGAUGAUGAAAGCUGGUCAUUGUUUUGCAAGUAUGCAUUUUAUGCGAGCAAGGAGAUAUGCGAUGAUCAGCAGCUUGAAAACGUAGGCAGAGAUAUUGUUCAGAAAUGUGGUGGACUUCCACUAGCAAUCAAAACAAUAGCAGCUUUACUAUCACAGAAACGGCACUCCCUUGUUGAGUGGAAACAUAUUUAUAGAGGUUUCCAUGAAUUGACAACUAGAGGACAGGUUAGCUCAGUAUUUGCUUGUCUGCAACUGAGCUACAAUGCACUCCCAGUGCAUCUAAAGCAACUCUUUCUGUGCUUCUCUAUUUAUCCUGAAGAUUUUGAGAUUCCAGCUGAACAGUUAGUGCUUUGGUGGAUUGGAGAGGGUUUCAUUCGGGGCAAGGACUCCAAAACUGCUAUAGAAUUGGGGUACGUAUAUCUCACAGAGUUAGUCCAAAGAUGUCUGGUUGAAGUAGUGGACCAAAGAGGCUACGAUGGAAAAAUCUACGGUUGUAGAAUGCACGAUCUGGUUCGUGAUAUGACUAUUGUGAUUGCAAAAGAUGAGUCAUUUUGCAGCUUUGAAGAAGGCAGGCAGAAGUUGACAUCAGAGUCUAGGCGGUUAGGUUUCACAAGUGAAAUGAGCACUAAAUCAUUGAAACACUGUCCCAAGCUCAGGGCCUUGUUAAUGAUGUCAAGCAUUCAAAGACUCUGUUGUGAUGACAUGGAGAGUCUUAGUUCCCUCAGAGUGUUGGAUCUAUCUUACUUUGAAUUGGCAACCACCGCUGUGCAGGAUCUCCUGAAAUGGAUUGUUUCGUUAAAGCACCUGGCAUAUUUGAAUCUUAGUGGAGUCAGAGGCAUCGGAGAAUUACCAUCUUCAAUUAAAAAACUUCGUAACCUCCAGGUUUUUGUUUUAUACGGUUGCACUGAUUUAUUCAUGCUACAUCCAUUUAUAACUCAUCUGAAAAAUAUGGUGGUCUUAGACUUCAGGUCUUGCCCUCUCAUUUACCUACCCAAGGGUAUUGGAAUGCUCUCCCAGCUUCAAGAAUUGUCUGGAUUUGUGAUGGGGCGUUUAUCUAACGAACAUUGUUGUCAUCUUCUUGAGCUUCAGGACCUAUCCCAACUUAGAGUACUUCGAAUGUACUUAAAUGCUCACAGUGAAAUUGCAGAAAAUGAAACGGAGGUGUUAUCAAAGCUCAAGAAACUUAAGGUUCUAGAGCUGAAUGCACAUUAUUGUAAAGACCACAAUACUUUAAUGAUGCUCGAUGACCUCUAUCCUCCCCCUAGCCUUCAGGAGCUGUAUAUUGGGGGUUAUCACUGCGAAACACUUCCUGCAUGGAUUAAUCCUGAAAAACUUUCUAAUUUACGGUACAUCAGUAUUCAGGAUUCAGACAUCAACUUCUUCGAAACCAGUCCUCAAUCAGUGAAUGGAAGACUCUUUACUUGGAAUGUUGAAGGUUUAUGUUUCAAGAAAUUGCAGAGCUUAAAGCUAGACUGGAAGAACCUGGAAGAGGAUAUGCCUUUGUUACGCAAUGCAGAGAUUGCCGAAUUAGAGAAACAAUAUCAGAAAGAUGACCACUGCUUCGAUUUCUCGCCUGAGAAGUCAUUAUUCUUUUAUCGGACUGGCAAGAAGUUGAAGGAGAUCAGUUUGCAAAUAGAGCAGAUGGAGAAUAGCUUGAGGGCUGUUUGA